CCGCCGUGUGCCGGUGCUCAGCGCUCACACCUGAGGUGUCAGAGGAGGAGAGAAGCUCGGAGCCGCGAUGACGACGAGGCUCCGCGCACGGAGCUGCGCCGCGCACGGAGCUGCUCCGCCCGCCUCUCCCGCGGAGCCACUGCGCGGCGCGUCUGGAGAGCAAGUCAGAAGGGAAAUAUCCAAACGGGAGGGGGGUGGGGGGGGUCGGGAUGCGCGCAUGUGACAAGCUUUGAACCUGUCUAGUUGUGCCUUGUCGCGCUGUGUGUUCAAUCUCUCUGUCGGGAGCUGCGUUUUUUGUGGGUUUUUUUUUUUUUUAUCAAUUUAGACUGGCCCAUUCAAACAGCGCCCGCCUCGUCCGCCGCCCUGCGCAUCGUCACAGCGCCAUGCGAGCGGGAGAGACGCGCCCUGUGCCAUGCUGACCGCCUCCCCGACCCUGCUGCUGGCCCUGACCGCGGUGGCCGGACUGCUGCAGCGAUGCCAGGGCUGGAGCGACGAGGACCUGCUGCUGCCGCCCAGCAACUCCUCCGACCGGUUCCUGGCCAACCUGGAGGUGGACGUGCGCUUCUCCAAGAGGUCCGCGGAGGAGGGCGACGCCUCGCCCGACGCCGCCGCCGCCGCCUCCUCCAUGUGCAACGUGAGCGUCCAGAGGCUCCUGCCCACCUCGCUGGUGGCGCGCUGGGACAGCAGCUUCGGCUUCCAGUGUGACGUGCUCAUCUACACCACCAACAACCACGGCAGGGCGUUCUUCUCCGCGUCGUUCAACCGGGCGAUCUCGCCCGUCGUCGUCGAGCACCUCGGGGUCACCGGGGGUCAGCAGGAGCUGCGGCUGUGCGUGGGCUGCGGGAUGUCCCGCUACCGCCGCUUCGGCCAGGGCCGGUCGAGGGGCCAGCAGAGCGGCGACCAGGUCGCCUUCUGCUGCGUGGAUUUCAGCCUCGACGAGCUGAAGGGGGACAAAAGUUGGCGGCUGAACAGGAAGCCCAUCGAGUCGACACUUGUGGCGUGUUUCAUGACUCUGGUCAUCAUCGUGUGGAGCGUUGCUGCGCUCAUAUGGCCGGUGCCCAUCAUUGCAGGGUUUCUGCCCAACGGCAUGGAGCAGAGGAGACCGAGAUAAUCGAAAUGACCCUUAAUAGCAAUGAGCCCGUGCUGCCUGUACUGCUGUAACUGUAGCCAUUCAAACUCUCCACGCGAAUGAAGGAUGGUGGAGGUCUGGGGAACUUUCUUUCGAUCAAACGCUUUAGUUUCUGGUUGUUCUCUAAUAAACCUCCUCCUCGUUAGGACAACCAAGGUAAUGUAUGAAGACUUGUGCUAGCCAAUAGUAAUCUAUACUGGGACCAAUACCAAUGUGUUUUUGAAUACCCUUGUAGGCCUUCCCAUAGAUUAUGUCAGCGUGAACUGUGCAGACUUUCUCUCUUUAAAACUGUGUUUGUAUAGUUUUUAAUCUUUCUAGAAAGUUUUUUGCCUUAUGCCAUGUGUAGGACUUUUGCACUUAAGACUGAACUUCGAGAUGUGCCGUCACAUACAGUAUAUAUUUAACCCGGUCAUGUUCAGAGUAAGUGUGAUAGUUUCUCCCCCCAAUACAUAAUGAAACAUCGAUGUUGUUCAUGACUGACACAGAGUUUCAAUAUUUAUAUUGUUAGAUUUCUAAUGUCAAGUUAAUUUGUGCUUAUUUGUAGGCUGUUACUGUUUGAAUGAAAAUAAAAAAAAAAAGAUUGUAGGCUAUAUCUCAGAUUUCCUCUGACCUGUUCUCAGUAGCCUGAAUCAAUUUACUCCACACUUCAAGUUUAAAUAUUUUGAGGCCACAAUGUCAAAUGCUUGAAGUCUUUGGAAAACUGAUUUUGACAUGAGAUGUACCUUUGACUUAGGGGGGGCUCCUCUGGCUCCAUCUUUCUUUAUGCUCAGAAAACUGAGCAAACUCCGUAGCUAUAUAUCUGAUAAAAAUAAUAAUAAUGAUAAUUUCACAAAUUACCUCAGUUUUUUAAGGUGAACGUAAGGAAUUAUUAUGACUAAAAUCUACUUCAAUAGAUUAAGAUAUUCCCUUUCAGAGUGAUAAUGUAUGGCUGAAUAAUGAGCAGCAUCUUAAUGUCAGUGCUGCUCGAGGUGGCUGUAAAUCGUUUCUAUACAGUUGGUUCAUACUACAUCCAUUCAUAAAAGCUCAUGGUUAUAUUGUACAUUUUGUAAAAAUCUUUAUCAGCUAACCUCAUUCAUCUUGGGGUCCUCUCUCUGUCCCUCCCCUCUUUUUAAUCGCCAGUGUAGAGUAAUGAUGCUCUGGACGAUUACUCCCCGUCUGUCACAAAUGGAUGUUUCAGCGCUGUACAACGUGGAUGUUUCCUUACACAAGACAUUUCUUUGCCUUCCAAAAUUAAAGAGAGUUUUACCACAUAACAACCUA